ACAUAGUAUCUUUGAUUGAAGUGAGUGGCCUACAGGUUUUGUCGCGGGAAGAAAGUGUUUUGGAAGCGUGUUUAAAUAUUUCGGAAAAAAAGUAUAUUAAGUAUCAAAAUGUCGCUUGCAGACCUGGAAGAGGUGACGAAAAAGCUUGGGAAAACUAACAUCGAAGGGAAUGGAGUUAGCUUCGCUGGGAAAUCGUUGAAGCUCGAUACCGAAAUUGAUGCUAAAGAAGUUGUCGACGCGAUUGCAUCAUGUGAGGAUAUGCAGUUCCUCAACAUGGAAGGUAAUACACUUGGAGUUGACGCUGCAAAAGCCAUUGCCAAAGCUCUGGAAAGGCACAAGGAAUUUAAGCAAGCACUAUGGAAAGAUAUGUUUACAGGUCGCAUGAAAACGGAGAUUCCACUGGCUUUGAAACAUCUAAGCAGUGGAUUGAUGCUUGCUGGAGCCCAGUUAACAGUGUUGGAUCUAAGUGAUAAUGCUUUUGGACCUGUGGGAGUUGAAGGACUGGUGACCCUACUAAUGAGUUCAACUUGUUAUUCUCUGGAAGUGCUAAAACUAAAUAACAAUGGUCUUGGAAUCACCGGAGGAAAGAUGUUGGCCAAAGGUUUGCUUGAUUGUCACAGAAAUAGCAAAUCAGCAGGACGUCCACUUGCACUCAAAGUGUUUAUUGCGGGACGCAACAGACUUGAAAAUGAAGGAGCAAAAGCUCUGGCAGAAGUAUUUAAGACUGUAGGUACUCUGGAACAUCUGUCAAUGCCACAAAAUGGGAUAUAUCAUGUUGGUAUAACAGCAAUAUGUGAAGCCCUGACACAUAAUCCUAAUUUGAAGAUAUUGGACCUGAAUGACAAUACUAUCACAGCAAAAGGUGCUCUUUCUGUAGCCAAUGCCCUCUCUAGCCUCCAGAAAUUGGAAGAAAUUAAUCUUGGUGAUUGUUUACUUAAAACUAAAGGAGCAAUAUUACUGGCAACUGCCCUCAAGAAGGGACAUCUCUUACUUAAGGAAGUUCAUUUGGGCUAUAAUGAAAUAGGUGCCAAAGGUGGUUUAGCAUUGGCUGAGGCAAUGCGUAAUAAAAGUAACCUGAAAAUUUUAGUUCUUCAAGGAAAUCAGUUUGGUGAUCAAGGAAGGCAGGAGCUACAGUCAGAAUUGAAGCACAGUGGACGUAUUGGAGCUCUAGGAAGCCUUAGUGAAGAUGAAGAUGAAGAGGAGGAAGAUGAUGAAGACGAAGAUAAAGAAGACAGUGAAAGUGAGAGUGAAAGUGAAGAAGAAAAUAGUGUAACAGAAGGACUAGAGGAAGUUGUACAUAUCCAAAUAACAGAUAAUAAAUCAGUUACUCAAGUUAAAGAUGAUGUGCAGGUGAACCUAAAAACAUUUUUGAAUUCACCCACGGCAGAAAAUUUUGCGAGCAUAGGAAGUGGACAUGCAGAAAUAAUUAUUGCUGAAGCAAAGCGGCACCCAAAAGAAAAGUUUUUGGAGAAGUUCAUGCCCCUUUUGAUGGCAGUCUCAUCACUAAGCACAAGCAAUUCUGAAACUGCAGACAGUUCAGUACUGUCAUGUUGCAAUACAUUGUACAAAGAAUUAUUUGAUUGGGCAAAUACAGUGGAAAAUAUUUCUAUUGUAAACAACUCACUCCUAGCCUACCUUGGGUUGAUUAAGAGUGAAGACAAAAACUUAAAGCCACCUCAGAACGUAGAAGGUUGUUUGUUAGCUCUUGAUUAUGUGGUUAAACAGGAUUAUUUUCCACAAAGUACAAAGGACACACUUACGGUCUUCCUUGACAGAGCAACAAGAAUCCAAGUAAAUUCCUCAACAAAACAGAGAUUACUGAGCAAUCUGCAGCAAAGAAAAAUGUGACAUUUAUAACCAGUUUUUAAAAACUUUUACUUGCCAGAGCUACUGAGUUCCUGACAGGGUUUCAUAAUGAAUGAUACAGUUGUGGAACUGACAUUUUCAUUUAUUUAUAUUUCUGUGAUAAUGGCUCCAGUGUGUGAUUGAUAUACACUUCCAUAAAAACUAGUAGAUUCAACUUGGGACUAAGUUGGUUGUUUGAAACAGCAGUGAUAAAUCUUGGCAUGUCAUAACUUAUUGCAGGUGAUAUAUCACCAAAAGACAGACCAUUGUCCUACAAAAAGGUCUUUGAUUGAAUCUGUUACUAAAGUAAACAAUGAUGUAUCUUACUUUUGUAAACAAUGUGAAGUUGGUACAAGACGUAAGUGAUUAUUCUAUUUCCAAUCAUGUUAAAUAGUGUAAGUUGUUAGCAGCAGAGAGAGUUUAAUGAAAGAGUUAAACUGCUUAAUAAUUAAAUUUUUAAAGUAAGUGACAGCUACAACAUUUCCUGUUCUUGUCUGGUGUUUUUGUAUUACUCUGUGAAUGAUGAUGUAAAAUGUCGCACCUAUUUUAUAUC